GACGCUUGUCUCAGUUGCAUCCGAACGCUCCAGCAGUAAACGUUAUCCGAAACUGGCUACGCGCAAAUCAAGCUGGCCACCAUGGUGACCAAUGCCGCGGGGACAGCCGCAACGGGAGGAGCAGCAAGCAACACCACCAACAACAACAACCUGCAGACGAACAACAACAGCCAUGGGGCGAACAACAACAACGAUGACUUUGACUUUGACCAGGACAGUGGACUGCAGGACCUCGGCUUGCCGGUGUCCGUGCAAACAUUCCUGUGGCGCCAAAUAGCGCCCUUCAUCCGGCCCAAGCUGGGCAAGCUGCACGAGUCUACCUGUCUGUUUUGUCAACAUGCACCGGGACACCAUGAGUCAAAGGAAGCCUGCAAGUCCUUUGAGAAAGUGCUUGUGCAGAACAUCCAGUUCGGCCUGUCACCACCCCUAACGAAGGGCUUGGGUGUGAUUCCGCGAUGGCGUCUGUUGCAAGGAGCUCUGCCACAUGUUAUGCACGCCUGUGCCGCUCUGCUCUACAAUCGCGUCAAGGACAUGCAGGCCAUUGGUCCUGUGGAGACCAAGCUGCUCUACACCAUGCAGUGGAUUCUGCUGUACGCCGCCGAGGAAUGCGCCGAUGAUGAAGGCGGUGAGGAUCUGGGCUUGGGAGAUGCGGCGGAACCCAAGUCGAAGUCCAUUGAUCAGUACUUGUUUUCUGUACCAACUAUUACGCUCUUUGUCUACCUAUUUGCACCUAUUAUACACCACCUAAAGGAGUCGGAUUUCCAGAACUUUCGCCUGGAGAAUGGCAUUAAGCUCUGGCAGGGAAUGUGGGACAAUCGAGCACCCGGUGCUCCAUGCUUUACAGCUCCCGUAAAGCCCAAGGCUCGAAACCUGCUGUGUGCACCCACUCCGAAAGGAUCCACAGAUGUUUUUCCCGCCCGGAAACACUCACUCAGUGCGGAUGCCAUGUCGCCCAAGGCGGAUUCGCCACAGAGCGGUAUCUCAGACUAUGGAAGGCAGGACGAGGAGGGUUCCUGGGUUUCUUCACCCAAGGAGUUCGCCUUUCCCGAAACCAUACCAGAAGAAGCCUCCAGCGUGGAGGAUGAACGUGUGGUCAUAUUUAGGCUGCCUUCGGCGCCACAACUAAUGGAUAACUCAUUCUUUACGGCCGAUGCCAGUCUGCUGCAACAGCAACAAUCCCAGAGUCGUCGAGGAAGUCGCCAGUCAAUGAACUCCCGGGACAAGGAUAAAGUGCCCUCCACCAAGUUCGAGUUUGAUCAGCAGGAACUCAUGCGCGGUGCCUCGAUGAAGGAGAAGCGCAGUGCCUCCAUCGAAAAGGAGACGGACUCGGAUAAGUCGGAAAGUAUCAAGGCGGAUGUAUCCGCAGCCACUUUCCUGGACGUGGCUGUGCUCCGCUGCCUCUUCAUCUCCCAUUGGCAGGAGGAGGGCAUCUUCUGGAGCCUGCAGUAUCUAUACAAUCGACUCAGUGAUAUUGGUGAGGAGGCGGCCAUCACCUUGAAUCAACCUCGCAAGCGCUCGAACUCCUUGCCCAUACCGCAAAUCGAGAUCUCACUGUACCAGGGACCCGGCAGCAAUAGUCGGGAUAGUCCAGGCAGUUCCGUGGUUAAGGAUUACAUUGAAAUACCCGAUCCAUCGCCCACUGUGACAGCCUGUGUAGCAGAAGAACCUCAAAGUGCGCCAAGCACCACGGAAAGACGCGGCAGUGAGAAGAAGAAACGCGUGAAGAUGGCCGAUCUUCGGGCUUUCGUGGAGACAAAGAUGUUCUCGAAGUCGGAGAAGAAUUUGGAAAAAGUAGGGCUCGACACAAACUCAGCCAAUGGCAAGACACCACUGCAACAUGCAGAGUACCAUCGCAGCCUGGACACGGGUGAGAAGAAGCUAUCGCGAUCUGCCUCGAUGAUAAGUCGCGAGCCAGCCAGUAACUUGAUCAAGGGCAAGUCCAUGCCCAGUCUCAGCUGUCUGCUUGAUAGCGGAUUUUACAGAUACGUUGAGCCACCCAAGGCCCCAAGGCCAUCGCAGGCCACCUGUCCGCGUUCCACGGCCUUCUAUCCCCGGAAUCCCAUCAUUACGGUUACGGAGCACACGCCCACACCUUCGCCCGAUUACAUGAAGCGUCAGGGCUCCAUUGACUCCCAGCUGGAUGCCUUGAGUAAUGGCGGCAGUAUUGCUGGCAUGACUGGAAACGGUGGUGGCAAUGGUAGCACUGGCAUGGGCAGCACCACCACCCGUUACCGUGGUCAAAUGCUGCGCUCCCACACGGAUUCCCACAUCGAUUACACGGGCGUGGAUGAGUCGGAGGCGCCGGGCUCCUCCUUUUAUAUAACACGCGAUGGCGGCAUUGACUACGAGAUAAUCCUGCUGGCCAUCAGCAAUGUUUUCAAGCGGGAUCCGGCACAGGUUUGCUCACUCCGGGUCUUGGAAGCGGGUCUGAACAUCUGCGAGCUGCUGAUUGAAAUGGGUGUGCUUAAAUUGGGCGAGCAUGCCCACGAGAUCUCGAUGAGUAUAACGAGGAGAGCUCUGCAGGUCCUGGGAUGUCCACACGGAUGCAAUGAUGGUGUUCGGGGGCCACCUGCUGACUUCCUGCGCAACCAGUGCCAGAAGAUCCUGUCGAGAAUGUUGCGGCAGGCUGGUCAAAGGACCAAGCGCUUUAUGCAGGAGAUGGUGAAGACUUCACCGCUGCCGGAACUCAUCGACUACUUCCAUGCCUUCCUGGCCUUCUGCGUGGAUCCCAGCUCCCUGCUCUCGCCACUGACUCAUAAACGUCAGAGUGGAUUUAAAAAUGCUAACACCGAUAUUGGCGGCGUACCAGGUCAGGGCGGCUAUUCGACCAAUUUUAGCGGCGGCAUGAGCGGCGGUGCCGAGGCCCAGGUGGUUGGAGCGGUCUUCAAGCCGCUGGUCAGCCGCUUUGUGGAGGCCAGCAAGGAUCUGAAGGGUCCGGAGAACAUAGCCCUCUACGGUGACAUCCGGCAGCUGGUCACCUAUGUGAAGGGCGCCCACGGCGGUCCGUUUCGCCUGGUGGCGCUCAGUGGCAUCCUGGCCGUCACUCCGAGGCCACACAAAAAGGGUCCUUCGGCGCAGACCACUCGUGUGAUCAGACACAUUCCGCAGGCCAAUGCAAAUCAGAGUCUGCAAAACGACGACAACCGUUCCCAGCGACGUCUUCUCCUGAAGAAACGCAGCACUUCGUCCGCCUGCGCCAGCCUGCUGGAGACGGAGGCUUGCGAGGAGCACUACAAGACCAGCCAGUCGCCACUGAGCAACUUCCGGCGCAGGACGACUGGGGUGCGACCCACGUUGACUCCGCGGCACAGCGAACGCGCCCUGUUGUCCGACUCCACGUCCAGCUCGGAACGCAAUUCGCUGGGACGGCUCAGCGGCUUGGUGCGCUGGUUCCGCGGCACGCCCAAGGAGGCAUCGUCCAUCGAUCUGGAGAUCGGGUCGCUCAACCCGGAGAUCUCCUCCACGUUCAUGCGGCACGCCUCGCUGAAGAUCCAGCGCGGCCGGUCGAGCGAUGGCAUUGGGCGGUCCAUUCAGCGCGCCAAGCGACGCGUCGAGCGGCGGCUGAACCGUUUCGGCGGCAUUGUGAAGGGCAAGAAGAAGGUGGGCGGCAUCGAGGAGACGGCGGACUUUAGUCGCCGCAGCUCGUCGGACAUGUGCGACGGUCCGCGGGAGUCGGAGGUGGUCAUCCUCAAGGAGCGCAAGCUGGUGCCCACCGAACCGGUGCGCGUGGGCAUGCUUCGGCUUUCCUUCCUGCUGGAGACCUGUGCCCCCGGCUCCUUUCCCGAUCCCCAGCUGGUGGCCGCCGUUCUGGAUCUGCCACAAGCUCCCCUCGUGGCUAGGGCCACCUUCCUGCUGGAGUGCGCCCACUUUGUCCACCUGUGCAACAAGGGUCAGUGGCCCGCCUGGAUGAAGCAGAACGUGGGCAGCUACCGGGCCUCGGGCGCAAACAUCAAUCUCAAUCAGAUGAAGCAGCAGGUGAGCCAAACGAGCGCCAGGCGCACCCACAUCCUGCAACGGGCAGCCGGGAAGAUGUUCCACCAGUGGGCAGAGAUGGUGGGAGCCAGACUGGAGGAGAUUCUGUUCACGGAGCGACUGCAGUACGAAGCGGUCAAUGCGAGCCUCACGGAUCCCGAGAAGCAGCGCGAGUUGCUGCAGCAGGACGAGGAGGAGGACUUCCUGGACGAAACAUCGGUCAAUCCGCACGGCAAUGAUUGUCCGCACUCCUUGAAGCUGAUCGCCUGUGUGCUGCUCUUCGAGAUUACGGCGUUUUUGCGGGACACCUACCUGAUGCUACCAAAGACAUCCAAGCUGAUCCAUCGCGACAAGCCGGCGCCCUGGGAGAAGGUUUACCGCGAGGCCAAUCGGCGCUGGUCCAUGGCCCUCAGCUCCAUGGGUCACUCGCAGACCUCCGCCCAGAGCCUACAGUCGAUAGCAGCCGGGAACGAUGGCGCCGGCCAGUCGGAGCGAAAGAUAUCCUUCGUACUCCACGAACCGGACAAUGAGUCAGAGAACAGCAGCAACACAACGCUGACCAAGGAGGGUGAAGAAGCUCGUCGACCCACCGCAUCGGCUGUACGACCAUUCCUGCUGAGACGAGGCACUGCCACCACAACGGGAGGAUCCUUCAAGCGUCGCUCACUGAAGCUUCGCCGCAACACCAAGGACAGCAAGGAUAUCGAAACCGACUUCAAUAUGCAAUCACGUCGCAAGGUUUCCUCGCUCUCCGAUCGCAGUGACACCUCGGAGCAGGGCAUGAUCAGUGGUGGCGAGGAAUCACCGGGAAUUCUGAGCGACGAUCAGCAGCCGGAGUCACCAACGGACUCGAAUGAAAACGAUGAUACGGCCAAGAAUAUGCCGUGGCUAAAGGCAAUCAUCGAUCUUAUGUCCAGCUAUAACUACUACUGCACCCACAAAGGAUAUUGCCAUCCAUUUUGCUAUAAGCGACACAUGCGAUCCUGCACUCGUUUGGUCAAAGCCACCCGAAAGAUUUAUGGCGAGGAGUUUGGAUUCACCUUCGAUGCAGACCAUCCGAAUGUGGAGCCCACUAUCAUCACCUCCAGUAAGCCACAUACUUCUCGAGCUCGCUCCACUAGAAAAGUAUCGGAGCAGAGUUCCACUCAGACAUCUCCGUCCAAGCGAAAGGAUAGUUUGUCACGCAAAGAUCGGAUAAGUGACGAUCCUGAUCUGGAAAUGGCGGAGAAGUUGGCCAAAGCUUUUCGACAGGAGAAGGAAAAGAAGAUGCAGGAGGAACCACCCAUCCUGAAGUUCAUCCGCAUUCACAUACGUAACUUGUUCCAUUUUCCACUGGCCACCUUGCUGAAGGGUGCAGUUGUGCUCACCGAGGAGAUGGUCAUCGAGGCCAUGCCCGCCGCUUGGGAACUCCUCCUAGAGACUAAUCACGAUACGGCCACCUCAAGUGCCGCCGUAUUUCUGAUGGGUUCGGUAAAGGCCCAGAACUUUGCCUUCGACAUCAUGCAGAGGGCUUUGAAGCACAAGGAUCCGGACAUAAGGAUUGGAGCCAUUCAGCGCUAUCUGGUGUUGUGGAAGUGUCGUUUCCAUGUCUGGCCUCGAAUGGAGGAGAAUGCCCACGAUGUGACCUUCAAGGUGCCACCGGGUGGCAUCGAGUUCACUCUACCGUCGCCCAAGAUUGGCAUUGAAAGUCUGCCGGUGGUGGAUCCACCAUGGAUGCCAGUCCAGCAGACAAAGGACAUGGACGUAACCCUGAACCAAGAUAGACAUCGAUCCUUGGUCACCGCAACCAAGAGUCGCAAGAUGCAACAGACCGAGGCCAUCCGAAAUGCCCUGCGCCAGCAGAGGGACAAGCAGCGGGCGGAGCGCCACAGCUUCCUGAUCACCAUGAUACCCAUAAGUCAACAGGCCUCCCAUGAGCCCGGAAUGGAGAAGCUAGAGGACCAUGAGAUCGAGGAGGACCUUGAUGGCACCCGCAUGUCAUCGCACCUGCACCACGCCCACUCUCUCUUCCCAUCCGUUCUCUGCUCCUCCGUAAUGCAGAUCGUUGGAUGCCUGGACGAUGCUGCCAUUGGAUCGGAUGGCAAUGCGGUAUAUGAGAUUGCCUACCAGGUGAUCUGGGUUUGCUUGGUGGAGGAGUCAGCUCUGUUUCUGCGCUAUGUCUUUGAGCGGCUGACUCGCGACCGCCAGGAUCAGAUGUUCAAGCUCCUGCGACACCUCAUCCGGUUCGUGCCCCGUCUGCCCCAACAGGCGGCAUUUGCGCUCUACAACUCGAUUAUAGGAUACAUCAUGUUCUACGUCAGAUCUUCCAACGAAUUGAAGCAAGAGCUCGUUGGCUCUGCUUUAUCUGUGCUGUGGAUGGUGGUGCACUCGGUGCAUGGAAUUAUGUUCAAGGACCUGAAGCAGAUUCUGCGGAAGGAGCAGUGCGAUGCAUCCAUCCUUCUAACGGCCAAUGUGCCCGCUGCCAAAAAGAUUGUUGUCCACGGACCAGCGGAUGAUGACUACAACAUACCCUCUCAGUUUCCCGUCCAGGAGGAUACUCUUUUCUGCCAGUUGCUCAAGGAGGCCUUGGAUUACUAUCCCAUCGAUGAGAAGAACUCCAGUCACUACUGUCUAGUGGACUAUAAGAGCAGUAAAAUCCUCAAUCCCAACUGGUACAUCCGUGAUCUGUACUUCUUCAAGAGAUCUCAAUACCCUGAGGUGCGUCUGAUGCUUAUGCGUCCUGAGGAGUCCUUCCUGGCACUCCAGAAGCAGGAGCUUACCAAGAAGUUUGUGGAGAUCGGAAAGGUUCACCUGACAUGGGCUAUUCUAAAGAACGUGGACAUGGUGGUGCAGCGGGUGGUGUUCCUGCACGAGGAGCUGAUGAAGCUGCCCUCCUUUCCGCGCAAGGCACUCGAGGUGGAUCUGGAUCUGCACCAUGGUGGCGAGUACGGAAAGGUGCUGCUCGGGUUGGACGUCCUGCACAAGUUCAUGUGGGUGCGGCUGAUCGCCCGCAUGUUCGAGGCCAUGGCUGGGAAUUUCGCCUACUCAGCGGACAUCCAACUCUUUCUGAACGUCCUUUCCGGCGCCUCCAUUCUGCACGCCGAAGAUUCGUGCAUCAUGCGCUAUGUGAUGGCAACCUUCAUCAACGCCGCCUUCAACUUCAAGAACAUCUUCUCCACGAACGGAUACUUCAUGAUUAUGCCCACCCUGCUGCAAGUCUAUUCCCUGCAUCAGACGAACAAGCUCAUCACCACCACCAUUGAGUAUGCGGUAAAGCAGUUCUAUCUGCUCAACCGGAAGCCGUUUAUCCUGCAAAUGUUUGGUUCCGUUUCCGCCAUUCUCGAUACGGAUGAGGAUGGUACGUACGGAGAAGCCCACAAGGUGCAGUCGAGCUGUCUGUUCAACCUGCUACUCAGUCUCGAGGAUCCCUCGCCGGAUCCUCUAAACAUAGCGGAGCUGGUCAAGGAACCCAAGCCCCUCAAGGCCAUCGAUUUUUGUUACCAUGACGAGGAUGACGACGUAACCGUUUUGGACUGCAUUACCUUAUGUGUCAUGGUCGUCUCCUAUUCCGCAGAGAGUACACGAGGAUACCAAAUGCUAAUCAUUUUGGAGGCCAUUCUGCCCUGCUAUCUGCAACAGAUCCAAUCGCCCAGCUAUAUUCCGCUGCAGGGAAAGUCUGAGCGAGAUAUAAUCCUCCAGCUGGCGGUGGCCAUUCGCACCAUGGUGCACAAUUGCGAGGGUCUGGCCAAGAGCUACAAUGGACCCUAUCGGAACAGUCCGGAGCACAAGGGCUCCUCGCAGCGCAACUGCAGCCGGGGGCCUCCCUGUUCACCCGGCCUGGACUUUGAAGAGGAAACGCAUCCCAAGUACAUGACCGAUGCUCGCACCAAGAACAUGAUGGACUCUGCCGAGGAUUCGGAAAUGAUACGCACCGAGUACCGAAGACCACGCGACGUGUUGCUCUCCGUGGUGGCCGAUUUCCUUACGAAAUCCACCGUACGUCUGGCAGAGCUGGCCAAGAAGAUGCCCAGUGAUACGAAACCCACAGAGGUUCUGGACGCCAAGUGUCACAUUCGUCUGGCGGACAUCGCGCAUUCCCUGCUUAAGGUGUCGCCCUAUGAUCCGGAGUCCAUGGCCUGUCGGGGUCUGCAACGCUAUAUGCAGGCGGUUCUGCCGCGGGCGGAGUGGUCCAACGAUACAUUGCGCAACGCACUGGUAACCAUUCUACGGCGCAUCGACAAGGUGUUCCUCAAGAUCUCAAAGAAGCCAUCGAUCAGGAGGAAUACGGACUGGGAGGCGGCCGCCGGACUGCUGAAGGGCAUCCACGAGACGAUCAUACGGCACUCGUACGUGCUGCACUGGCAGCAGAUGAAAACGCUCAUCAGCACGGUGCAGAAUCUGAUCGUCAACGAGCCCGGCAUUCCCGAGGGCGUCUCCAGCGCAGGAGCAGCGCUCAUGUCUCAGAAUCCGCCGGCCUUUUUCUGCUCGGCCGUGGUGCGUUUGGUGGCCCUGCAGGUGGUCAGCCCCGUGGACUGUUUCUCCCUGGUCCAGAUAUGCGGCGGGAGCGCCGAAUUUGCCACGCAGGAAAAGGCCGAGGGCUUUCUAAUGCAUCUGAUAAUGCCACUGUGUCUGAAGGUUUGCUCGGGCCGCGGCGUUUCCGACGUGGGCGAGUUGAAGAUGUCGGACGUUUCCUUCCUGCUGACUGCCGUGUUGAAUGCGAUGAGUCCGCCGGCGGGUCGUACCGGACAGGCCGUGUCCCAGAUCAACCGGGUGACCGGCGACCUACGCGCCGGCUCACUCACCUUCACCGGCAGUCGGGAUGCCAAGCGCCCAGCCCGCAUCUCCGGGUCCCUCUACCAGGCCGCCUUCUUAGCCCUGCGCAUCGUGUGCAUCUGCUUCGAGAGCCGGCUCUCCAACGAGUGGCCGCGCAUCGUUCGGGUGAUGAGGGAUCUCGGCAGGCGCAACGAGGCUGCGCCGGAUCUCUGGAGCUUUAUGGAGUUUGUGGUCACCCACCGAACGCCCCUCUACAUUGUCCUGCUGCCCUUCAUUCUGCACAAGAUCUCGCAACCACCCAUUGGAGAUCACGAACGACACAUGCAGUUUAUCAUCCGGGAGCGAUUGCGCGGAACUCCGCCGCAGGGCGGGAUUAAGUCUAAGGGAGCUCUGCUGCUGGAACUGGCCAGGGAGCUGCGGGACCUUCGCGACGAGCUGGAGGAGAAACGCUACGUCUCCACAGAUCGCGAGAGUUCCGAGCAGAAGAAGAGCGACACACCGGCGGCAACUAGUGCGGCUGAAGCCCACAAGUCGCAGCAAAGACCUUCACUCAUAUCUAUCUUCACAGGAACCACCACGGGCCAGGCCUCGCACUCCCACGUCUCCGCCGUGCCGAUCGACUCGCGCAGCGGAUCCGGCGGGAUCUGCACGCCCAGCGACACGCUGUCGCAGCAGACGCUGCACCCGCCGCGGGAGUCGCUUUCGAGCAGCUCCACGGGCCGGGAUCCGCACACGACGACCAGCGAGAGCCAGAGCGGCGAGGCGGACGCAGGAUCGGCGCCCACGCUGGUGGGGGCCACGCCGAGCGGAUCAGGACAUGGAUCGGGCGGCGGUAUUGGUACCGGUGCCGCCUCCGCCGUGCCCUCGCAUCUCUCGCAUUCGCAGUCGUUGCAGCAAGCUCCCUUCAAGGCCCAGCCGCCCAAGCUGCGCUUCGUUUCGUCCGUGGAGUUCCGGCACUCAUCCGGGGAGACAUCCACCACACCGCUCUCACCCGAGAGCCCGGCGGAGGACAGUUCCGGCGAUCAUACCCGUUCGCGCCUGCAGCGAUCCAAGGCCGCCAGCCGGAAGACCUUUAGGCUUAAGCGCAGUCGCCUGACGCCCAUGGAACCACCCAGCAUUGUCACCUCGCAAGAGGAACAGGCCCCGCAGGCGCAGGCAAAGACCCUGGGCGAGAUUUCCUGGGACUCCGUUUCGCAGACAUCCUCCACCUCAGGCUAUCGGGACAACAACAGCCUGCAGACUGGCCUGCUCUCGCCGGAUGGAUCCUUGGGUGGGUUGACCCUGGGCCGCUCACCCUCGCAGCACUCGCUGUUAAUGGUCUUCGAGGGACAGGACGAGGACACCCUCAUUUAACAAUCACAGAACGGCGACCGGGCCUACGAACUUUAGAACCCAUAUGGUUGCACUAACAGGAAUUUGGAGUAGUUAAACAUGCAGAAGGUAGUUGUUGGGCGUUGAGUUUUAUAGAUGAAUCGUUGUUUUCCAUUGUGUGCCAUUUUUGUAUAUGAUAGGUAGUGUUAGAACUAAUAAAAGUACUUGGUAGCCGUUCUAA